AAAGCUAAUGUCAGCGACGUAUGUAAAAGUAUGAAGCAGCAACUAUUAAUUCUUGUUGAAUGGGCAAAAUACAUACCUGCAUUUGGAGAAUUGGCAUUGGAUGAUCAAAUUGCACUCUUAAAAGCAAAUGCAGGUGAACAUCUUUUUUUGGGUGUUGCCAGACGCAGUAUGCAUUUGAAAGAUAUCCUUCUACUUGGAAAUAAUUGUAUUAUAGUUAAAUAUUUUAAUGCAAAAGGAUUAAGUGAUAUAAAUGCAAAUAAAAAAAUUCGGCAUCAUAUACAAACUAAUCUAGAAGAUUAUAUAAAUGACCAUCAAUAUAAUAAUAGGGGUCGUUUUGGUGAAAUUUUAUUAACACUACCUGCUUUACAGUCAAUACAGCAAAUGAUUGACCAAAUUAAAUUUGUUAGAUUACUUGGUGUUACUCAUAUCGAUAGCUUAUUACAAGAAAUGUUAUUAGGAAGUUCAAUAACUGAUUUUAACACUAAAAGCCUCCCUGUGAUGGUGGAUGGAGGCUUGCUGGCAAGUGGAAGGGACAAUGCAAUAAUUCAACACUGCCUUUGA